AUGUCUCCACGACUUCGCCUUGUCGGAGCGGGCUGCAACGGGAUCUUCCGUGGCCGUGCCAGCCCUAGCAUGCAGGUAGCCUUGGAUGUGAGGAUGGCCCCGCGGCCGAAGAAGGCGACUGCGCUUUGGUGGGCUUGUGCGGCUGGCAUCCGUGAAGAGGGCCCUUCAGUGCAAGCGCAGCAAGCCGGCCGACGUCGUGACGUCGAGAGGAUUUGCCGAUGGCAUCUCCUUGAGACCGAAUCGCCUUUUGUGGAGCCGGUGGCCUUCCGCUCCUUCUGCUUCCGCUGCUUGAGUUGUGGCAUGACGCUGGGUAGAGCGCGCAUCAUGGUUGCAAUUCCCUGGACGGCGGGCGUGUCCUUGCCGCAGAAUGCUGGGCCCACGGCAGGCUUCCACGUGAGUAGGACUGAGUUGAGCGGACGCGGCCUGGCCGACGUCGUGACGAGGAUGCACUUAUGGUUCCUAGAGCCGGUGGCCUUCCCCAACUUCAAGGGGCUGGCAGCUGCUAGUUUGCCUGAGCAGACGCGACCGGCCGACGUCGUGACGAGGAUGCGCCGACGGCAUCUCCUUGAGACCGAAACAUCGUUCCUAGAGCCGGUGGCCUUCCCCAACUUCUGCUUUCGCUGUUUGCGUGUCCUUGCCGUUACCUGCGUGGAUCCUAGUCCGCCGUCGGCCGUGCUGGUGAUGCAAUUUGGCGUUGUGCGUCAAAGAGGCAGAAUGCUGGGCCCACGGCAGGUUCAGGCACAGCCGGGAAGUCUCAAGGAGGCCGGCAGAGAGCGUUGCUCUGCGCAAGCGCAGCAGGCCUUUCAGGAUCUGAGCAUAGCGAAAGUCUGGGCAGGCGCCCGCGUGGCUCCGCCUCCCCGAUUCGUCGUCGGGACAGAAGGCGCUCGCUGCUUCUGCCGGCGCCCUGACAGGAGGCUUGCUCUUGCGCAGGUGCAGCUGAAGCUUGAGGACUUGAUGGCCUGGAGUCUUAAUGCUCUGUCUGAGGCAUACCUGCCAGGUGGUCCUGCCCUGCUUGCGAAGCAACUGCAUGGCACGAGAUACUUGGAUGUUGGCUUACUCAGCUCAAACUAUGGGUGCCCUGGGGUGCCCGUGAGCGCCAGCAAGAUGGAUUCGGACGGCUCGCUCGAAGUUUGGGUCGCCGACAACUUGCGGGCCUGGUGUUGGUUUUACUCUGCCGAUCAUACUCGGUCCGAGUAUGUGCUGCUCGAAGGUGCGCUCACAAGCUGGCAUUUGCCAGAAGCUCGGAUGGCUGCUUGCUUGGCUAGGUGGCUUGUCGAUGGCAAGGAUCUCCCUCUCCUGUCUGCGGCUUCGGUUGAACUGCAGAAAGGCUGGUCUGUGAGCUGGAAGACGGUGUUACUGCCAGUCUUUAAAGGCCAGGUGCGCAGCGGCACAGCAGUCGUUGCUGAUGUCGCCUUUGCUGAGCAGACGCAAGGUCUCAACGCACAGGACUGGACACUGCUGAGCGCGUGGUACGCAGCCUGCUCCACUCCGGGCGGCGACCCGCCUGCACAGUUGGAGCGGAGGAUCCCUGGCGCCUGCAGGCCCAGGACUCGCAGUGCAUCUUUGCCUGCUGCGGGCUGGCCCUGCCCGGAUGUGGAGUUCAUGGAGCGUUGCGGCCUCAUCGGGCUGCAGGAUCCUCGCGAAGCACAGCUCUCGGGCGCCGUGCCCUCUUUGAAGGUCCCCUUGCCCCACUUGCUUCUUGCAUGUGACCAGACACGCUGUGGGGUAUUGGCAACGCUCUCCAAGCCUGCCACUUACCGCUCGUUUCUGGAGCCGGCUGCAACGCUACCUGAAUGCGCUGAAGCCGAAGCACUAGACGGAGCGCGUCUCUGUGGGGAACUUCUCUCCAUGUGCGUGCAGAGGGCGGGCCAACCCUGCACUGCUAUCAUCCUGUUUAUCGAGAUGCCGCCGUCGGACCAAUGGGAUGUGCAAGUUCAGUUCUCGCAGCUUCUGCAUGAACGAGAUAUGAUGUGCAGUUUGCGGAACUGCGACUCAAUGGCACUCGAGUGUGCUCUUGUGACGCUCGUCCUUUGUGGCUCCUGCCAGGAAGGAGCCUUCUCGGUUUUGUGUGCCGCAGAGUCCGGGAGCAGUGUCCUCUUCCUGCCUUCGCCCGUGUUGCUUCGUUGGCAACUAUCUGCAGCUGCCGGCCGCACAGCUAACACCGACUACUCUUUGAUGCGGGGUGCUUCGAUGUGCUUCGCGGCCUUCCAUGGGCGGACUUUGUGGCGCUGCAUCGCUGCUUCGCAGUGUCGCGGGGAAGGCUCCUGCCGCCAGAAGCGGUUCCGCACCCUUCUUCCUCGGUCCCUAGGUUUGGCAUGGAAGCUGCAGUUGCCAGACCAUGUCGCCGCUGUGGUACGAGACACGUGCCGGUGCCCCAAGGCCCAGGGGCACUUUGAGGGCAGCGGGGUCCAGAGCACCCCGGUCGGCCUGGCUUACAACACCGAGGCGACUGCACUUUCGUGCGCUUCUGCGCCUGGCAUCUGUGAAGAGGGCCCUUCGUCUGCCAGCCCCGGGAAUUUCUUGUCCAAGCACCAAAGAACCGUUGUUCUGCACCAGUGCAAGCGCAGCGGACCGGCUAGGAGGAUGCGCCGACGGCAUCUCCUUGAGACCGAAUCAUCGUUCCUAGAGCCGGUGGCCUUGCCCUCCUUCUGCUUCCGCUGUUUGAGUUCUGGCAUGACGAUGGGUACCGGGCGCACCAUGGUUGGAAGUCCCUGGACGGGGCAUGUCCUUGCCGUUACCGCUGUGGAUCCUAGUCCGCUGUCGGACGCGCUGGUGAUGCCUUUUGGCUUCAAAGAGGCAGAGCACUGGGCCCAUGGCAGGAAGCAGAGUCCGUUUGACGCGGGUUUGACGGUGCCGGCCUUCUGCAACUGCUUUGAGCAGAUACGGAGGAUGCGCCGAUGUGGCAUGACGACAGGGCGCAUCAUGCUGGGAAGUCCCUGGCUGGCAGGCGACGAAAAGCCAAUGGCAACUGACAAUGCCCGACGCCUGAACGCACAUUCGAGCAUGACCAGACUGGACGGCGAUGUCUGCUUUGAGCAGAUACAGUCUGGCCGACGCCGUGACGUCGCGGCGCACCAUGGUUGGAAAUCCCUGGACGGCGGGCGUGUCCUUGCCGUUACCGCUGUGGAUCCGAGUCCGCUGUCGGACGUGCUGGUGAUGCAUCUUGGCUUCAACGAGGCAGAAUGCUGGGCGUACCCGACAUGCGUCUUAAUGCCCAGGUCCAGCACGGCCGCGAAGUCUCAAGAAGGCCGGCAGAUAGCGUUGCUCUGCACAAGCGCAACAGGCUGGGCCGAGAAUUCGUGA